GCGCCAAAGGAAAGCUCUUCCGAGGUGGGGUCGCCGGGAGGAGGGGGAAGCUCAGGUUACAGAAGAGCCUGGGAGGGGCUCAAAGACGCCCAUCCUGGAAGAGGCCCCAGCACUGACCUCCUUGGGGAUGGAGAUGAGGAGGAUGGAAAGAGUGUCUUCCUCCAGCAUCUUCCUGAAGCUCCCGGAUAAUGAGCUCCCACAUGGCAGGCCUGGGCUUAGACAAGAUGAAGCUGGGCAAUCCCCAGUCCUUCCUGGACCAGGAGGAGGCAGAUGACCAGCAGCUGCUGGAGCCAGAGGCGUGGAGGACCUACACUGAGCGCCGCAAUGCCCUGCGUGAGUUCCUGACUUCGGACCUGAGCCCGCACCUGCUCAAGCGCCACCACGCCCGCAUGCAGCUGCUGCGUAAGUGCUCCUACUACAUCGAGGUCCUGCCCAAGCACCUAGCCCUGGGCGACCAGAACCCGUUGGUGCUGCCCAGCGCCGUGUUCCAGCUCAUCGACCCCUGGAAGUUCCAGCGCAUGAAGAAGGUGGGCACAGCUCAGACCAAGAUCCAGCUCCUGCUGCUCGGGGACCUGCUGGAGCAGCUGGACCAUGGCCGUGCUGAGCUGGACGCCCUGCUCCAGUCGCCAGACCCACGGCCCUUCCUGGCCGACUGGGCGCUGGUGGAGCGGCGGCUGGCGGACGUGUCGGCUGUCAUGGACAGCUUCCUGACCAUGAUGGUGCCGGGACGGCUGCACGUCAAACACCGCCUGGUGUCUGAUGUCAGUGCCGCCAAGAUCCCGCACAUCUGGCUCAUGCUGAGCACCAAGAUGCCCGUCAUGUUUGACAGAAAGGAGUCGGCGGCCCACCAGGACUGGGCCCGGCUGCGUUGGUUCGUCACCAUCCAGCCGGCCGCCUCGGAGCAGUAUGAGCUGCGCUUCAGGCUGCUGGACCCGCGGACGCAGCAGGAGUGCGCCCAGUGUGGCGUCAUCCCCGUGGCUGCCUGCACCUUUGACGUCCGAAACCUGCUGCCCAACCGUUCCUACAAGUUCACCAUCAAGAGGGCCGAGACCUCCACGCUGGUGUACGAGCCCUGGAGGGACAGCCUCACCCUGCAGACCAAGCCGGGGCCCCUGGAGGGGCCCACCCUCAGCCACUCUGUCCGAGAGAUGAUUUUCUAAUAUUUAUCCACUAAUAAAGAGGAGUGUAAAUGCACAUACGGAAUUAAAGACACAAACCUAUUUAUGUUUUAAAGGCAGCAGCCACCAGUGUUUUUCCUGGCUCAAAACAUGCCAAGCCCCAGGCCGGACCUCCCACGACAGCUGAACCUGGAGCAAGAAGUGCCAGCCCCUGAACCUGGGGGCCUCCUCCCAUGACGAGAGCUGCUCCACAGGGCAGUCCCAGCCCCCGCCUCUCCUCGCCACACCCAUCACCAUGACCGAGCUCCCGCCUUCCUUACCCACCUUCCUGGCUUGGGGGCCUCCCUAAGGGGAUGACACUUCUAGGCCGCUGUGCGUCCCACCACCCCAGCCCAGCCUUGAGUGCUCAUUAGCACCCCCGAGGAGGCAGUGAUCUCUGGCUGUGAGCAGCUCAGCUGUGCCCCUCCAUGCCCCGCCCACCGUUUGUUCCUCAAGGGCCGUCCCAGCCCCGAGCUCCCUCUCUCCUCCAAGAUCAGCUGCUUUUGCUAGGCGUCCAGCCUCUGCUUCCCCCCACCGCUCACCUUCAGGACUGCAGCUGCCCCUUCCUCCGAGAAGCCUUCCCUGGCUGCAGGCUGGUGAGGUCCCCAAGUCCCCUUUGCUAGAGGUGCCUUCUCAUCCUCUCUGCAGGCACUUCUCAAGCUAUUGCAAACUACUGUCUAUUUCAUGACGGCCCAAGAAUAGAUGUGGUCUUCAAGGCAGGGC